GGUGGGUGCGGGCCUGAGCCCUCCGAGCCGCAGCCAGCAUGAAGGACAGCGCGGACUCCAAGGACCAACAGCUCACCGUGGCACUCCGGGUACGGCCCAUCAGUGUCACGGAGCUGGAGGAAGGAGCCACACUCAUUGCCCACAAAGUGGACGAACAGAUGGUGGUUCUGAUGGACCCAAUGGAGGAUCCAGAUGACAUUCUCCGAGCCCACAGAUCCCGGGAGAAGUCCUACUUAUUUGAUGUGGCCUUUGACUUCACUGCCACUCAGGAGAUGGUUUACCAAGCCACCACGAAGAGCCUCAUUGAAGGAGUCAUAUCUGGCUACAAUGCCACCGUCUUUGCCUAUGGCCCUACUGGCUGUGGGAAAACCUACACCAUGCUGGGCACUGACCAUGAGCCCGGCAUCUACGUUCGGACCCUCAACGAUCUAUUCUGUGCCAUUGAGGAGACCAGUAAUGACAUGGAGUAUGAAGUGUCCAUGUCCUACCUAGAGAUCUACAAUGAAAUGAUUAGGGAUCUACUGAACCCUUCCUUGGGGUACCUAGAGUUGAGAGAGGACUCCAAGGGGGUGAUCCAGGUGGCCGGGAUCACUGAGGUAUCCACCAUCAAUGCCAAAGAGAUCAUGCAGCUUCUAAUGAAAGGAAACAAGCAGAGAACCCAGGAGCCUACAGCCGCCAACCAGACAUCUUCCCGGUCCCACGCCAUACUCCAAGUGACCGUACGCCAAAAAAGCCGGAUCAAGAAUGUCAUGCAAGAGGUGCGGCUAGGCCGUCUCUUCAUGAUCGACCUGGCUGGUUCAGAGCGGGCGUCCCAGACUCAGAACCGCGGACAGCGCAUGAAGGAGGGUGCCCACAUCAACCGGUCCCUGCUGGCCCUAGGCAACUGUAUCAACGCUCUCAGCGACAAGGGGAAUAAUAAGUAUAUUAACUACAGAGACAGCAAACUCACCCGGCUCCUCAAGGAUUCCCUUGGGGGCAACAGUAGGACAGUGAUGAUUGCCCACAUCAGCCCUGCAAGCAGUGCAUUUGAGGAGUCCCGAAACACCCUCACUUAUGCUGGCCGGGCCAAGAAUAUCAAGACCAGGGUGAAACAGAACCUGCUGAAUGUCUCUUACCACAUCGCCCAGUACACCAGCAUCAUCUCUGACCUGCGCAGCGAGAUUCAGCGUCUCAAGUGCAAGAUCGAUGGGCAGGCUGGACGGGGCCAGGGCCAAAGCCCCUGUGAGCAGGGAGACAUUCGCCAGAUCCAAGCCGAAGUCCAGCUUCACAGCUCCCAGUUUGAGCAGGUGGAGAUGGGACAGCUGCGGGGGCAGCUCCUCAGUGCCUUUCGGGACCAGAUGGAUGUCCGCAGGCUCCUGCUGGAAUUGGAGAACCACUCCAUGGAAAUCCAGAUCGACACUUCCCGCCACCUGCUCACUAUCGCUGACUGGGAGCAGGAGAAAUCUCGCCGCACCCUCAAGUGGCAGGAAGAACAACGGAAGGAAUCGUAUAGCAAGGAUGACAGUGAGAAGGAUUCGGACACCGGUGAUGACCAGCCCGACAUCCUGGAGCCUCCAGAGGUGACCUCAGCCCGAGAAAGCAUUGCUACCCUGGUUGGGGAACAGAAGAAACUCCGAAAGCAGAAGGUGGAACUGGAGCAGAGGUGCCGGGAUCUGAGAACCCAGGGCCGAAGGCUAGAGGAGAUGCUGCCGCGCCGCAUUGGUUCUCAGGAGCAGCGGGAAAUCCUGAGCUUACUGUGCCGGGUUCAUGAACUAGAGAUGGAAAAUACUGAGAUGCAGUCCCAUGCCCUGAUCCGAGACGGCGCCCUCUACCACCGCCGGGAGGCCAUGCGUCGCCUGGAGCAGCACCGGAGCCUCUGCGAUGAGAUCAUCCAAGGCCAGCGGCAGAUUAUUGCCGAUUACAACCUGUCUGUCCCUCACCACCUGGAGCAGCUGUAUGAGCUCUACCAGAGGGAGCUAGAGGAGGGGAAUCUGGAUCGAAUGGCCAUUAUGGACCGGGCAGCCUCCAGGGCCCUGCAGGAGAGUUCAUUGCCCAGAAUUCCCCCAGGCCCUGGAGAGAACACCCUGGCCCUGGAUUCAGAUCAGGAAAGUGUGAAGACUCUGGGCUCUGAGCCCCAGCUGGUGCCGCGGAAGGAAUGGCAGAAGAGCAUCCUCCCACCUCUCGGUGUGGGGGACCUGGAGAGUGAGGUUAACAAGGUGUUUAAGGCCAGUCCCCAGACCCGAGCCUGGCAAAUGAAGAGCUCAGCUGUGUUGACACCACCACCCAUCCAGAUCAAUGGCAUGGUUUCCCAGGAGGACCCACCCCAGGACAGCAGUCACAUCAACUCAUCCCCCGACAGCAGUGAGAACUUCCCAGAGAUCCCUGUGUCCCACAAAGAGAGGAAGGAAAUCCUGUCCAGCACCAAGAGCAUUGUAGUGAAAGCAGCCAGGCGGAGGUCACGGGCGCUGGGCCCAGAGAAGCACCAGCUGCUGGCCCCGAUGAUGGAGCCGAGCAGCCUGUCCCUGCACUCCCUGAGUGAGGCAGAUGACGGCCCCCCACCAGCCCCACCUGCCUGUAAGCGCCCACCAAGCCCCAUGCUGCAGCACACGGUCAGUGAAGACAACCUGUCCAGCAGCACUGGGGAGACCCCUUCACGGGUGGCCAGGCGCCAUGGUGAUGCUCCAGGUCUCUGGCUCCGGGGCCAGAAGAAGAGCCUGGGUAAAAAACGGGAAGAAUCUCUAGAAGCAAAGAAGAGGAAGCGGAGGUCCAGGUCCUUUGAGGUCACAGGACAGGGGCUAUGCCGUCCUAAGAACCAUCCCCUACACCCCCGCCCCCUGGAGAGCACCUCAGACUACAGGUUACCCAUCUCUGGUAACCCAGUAGCCAGUAUCCGGCACCUGAGUAAGGUCUCACUGCCCCUCGCCAAAGUCAGGCUUCCUCCAAGCCAGACCACAGGUCCUGGGGACCCAUUGCCCCUCACCAUGCCAGCUGCUUCCAGGCGUGCUGCCUGUGGUCCACAUCAGCCCCAGGGCAAGGAUGGACGUUUCCGACCUAACUGAAGACCUCUGAAGCUUGGAACCAACCUGCGCCCAAGAACGAAAGGGGAGAGAGAUGGGAAGAUGGAAAGACCAGGGAUGGAGUGGAGUGCAGUGGGAGGCAACCUGGGCAGGAGAGCAGAUGUCCAG